CGGGCUCGGGGCGUGGCGCUCGCAGCCCGCGCUGGAGCCGUUUGCAGCUGAGAAGUCUCGGGUCCUGCGCCAAGCGCUGGAGCGUCUCCUGCGCUCGCUCCCAAUCCCCCGCGGAGGGGAGGCGCAGCAGCCGGCACUGAGCGUGUCUCCAGCCGGCUGCGCCGGAGCUCGGGGAGCGAGAUCCCGGGAGCCAUGGUUUUGCCCAGGGCUGCUCCGGGGCCAUAAGCACCCCUCGCCGGGAAGCGCGAGUGGUGGGGACUCGCCGCGCCCCAGCCCAGCUACUCCGGCUACAGCCCCAGGGCAGCCGGCGGGGCGCCUGCCGGAGCCGGAGCCGUGACUUGCUCAGCCGCGGGACAUGCAGGUGGCCUGGGGCGCGCAGGGCAGGUGGCAUGUCGGACUUGGCCCCCAAGACUCGCCAGCGCAGCUCCACCGGCUCGGAGACCCCACUGCUGAAGGGCACCGGCUCUACCUGCUCGUGAAGAAGAUGCACUUGUUCCGGAGCUACAGCUAUCAGAUCCGGCUGGAGGGGGAGGCGGGCAGCCUGCCCAGCAUACAGGGCAUCCGAUGGAAGCCGCUCCCUGACAGCGAGUCAGCCCCAGACUUCGGGCAGAGCCUAACGCAGGCACCUGCAGAGAAGAUCUGGCGAGCAGGGAAGCUCCUGUACAGCCACCUCAUGAGCACCCGUCCUGGCCUCAUCCGCGACCACAAACACCACCUCAGGCACCACAGGCAGUGCCUCUCCGGGAAGGAGCUGGUGGACUGGCUGCUCAGCGCGGGGCUCUCGGCCCAAACGCGGGGCCAGGCCAUUGGGGUUUGCCAGGUGCUGGUGGAUGGAGGAGUGAAGGUUGGAGCAACAGGGGUCUGGCAGGUGAGGCAGGAGUGGCAUUUCCAGGACAAGGACGCCCAGUUUUACCGCUUUGCUGAGGGGGAGCUGAGUCCGGAGCCUGGCACCUGGGGCACCGAGGAGCUCCUGGAGGCACUGGCCUUUCUGGCCCAGCUGGGCCCCGAUGCGCUGCUCACCAUGGCCCUGCGCAAGCCGCUGGCCUCCCUGCUGCUGUUUGAGUCGCACCCCAAAGCGGGCACCGUGUUGUUCAGCCAAGGAGACAAGGGCACCUCGUGGUACAUCAUCUGGAAGGGCUCAGUGAACGUGGUGACCCAUGGCAAGGGCCUGGUGACCACCCUGCACGAGGGGGAUGACUUUGGGCAGCUCGAUGCUCCCCGAGCUGCCACCAUCAUCCUGCGGGAGGACAACUGCCAUUUCCUGCGCGUGGACCCACAGCAUUGACACUGGGUUCUCUAGGACGUCGAGGCCAACACCAUGCGCCUGAAGGAGCACGGGAAGGUGGUGCUAGUGCUGGAGAAGAACCUGCAGGGCUGGGGCUCCGGCAGCCCGGCUCCGUCUGCGGGGGGCCGUAAACCCGGCCGGGCAGGGUACUCGGUGAUGGCUGGGACCCCUGAUAAGAUCCUGGAGUAUUUGCUGGAAGCCAUGAGGCUGGAUGCAACGUUCUCGGACCCCCUAGAUACCUUGAUUGGGGAUUUCCUGUUGACCUACAAAGUCUUCAUGCCAACUGCCCAGCUCUGCAGAGCCCUGCUGCACCAUUUCCACGCGGAGCCGUCCGAGGGCUCGGCGCAGGAGAAGGCCGUCUACUCCCUCAGCAAGCGGCAGAAGAUCCUUGCCAGCCAGUGGGUGCUGCUCUACGGGCACCUGCUGCAGGCCGAGCCCAGCGCCAUGACCCUGCUGCAGAACCUCUCGGACUUUGCGAGCCGGGACCCUGGGCUGUGCAGCUCGCUCCAGGACCAGACGCAGGAUCGCCGGAGGCACAGAGCCUUGGAGAACGGUGGCGGAAGUGCAUCUCCGCAGCCCAAGGUUCGGAGCACAGUGAACUGGUUCAGCACCCUGGAGGAUGCUGCACUGAGUAACAGCUAUACCAUCGGGGCCCAGGACAAAGUGCCCUAUGAGGUCCACAGGGCAGACCCCCCCUGCCUCACCGUGGUGCUGCCAGUGAACGCCUCCGUGCGGGACGUGCUCCAGGCCCUCGCAUGCCAAGAGGGGGAGCAUGGCGAGCGCGUGUUGGUCAAGGUCAACUCGGCAGGGGACUGGCCGGGGCUGCCGAUGGACACUGUCGGCGUGUACACGUCCCUGGGCCUGAACGAGAGACUCUUUGUGGUGGAUGUGCAGGAGCUGCCCACGCUGACCCCUCAUCACGAGCAGCUGGGGCCCACCGCCGGCUCCUCAGAGGUCCUGGAUCUCAUCAGCUCCAAGGACUUGGCCAGUCAGCUGACGGAUUACGACUGGAACCUCUUCAUCAGUGUCCACCAGGUGGAGCUGAUCUAUUACAUCUUUGGGCAGCAGACGUUUCCCAGCGUGACCACGGCCAACCUGGAGCGUCUCAUGCGUCGCUUCAACGAGCUGCAGUACUGGAUCGCCACCGAGCUCUGCCUCUGCGCGGAGCCGGCCAGGCGGACCCAGCUGCUCAGGAAGUUCAUCAAGCUGGCUGCACAUCUCAAGGAGCAGAAGAACCUGAAUUCCUUCUUCGCGGUGAUGUUUGGCCUGAGCAACACGGCCGUGAGUCGCCUCGCCAAGACCUGGGAGAGGCUGCCGCACAAAACCAGGAAGCUGCACUCGGCACUGGAGCGGAUGCUGGACCCCUCAUGGAAUCACAGAGUCUAUAGACUGGCCGUCGCCAAGCUGAGCCCACCCAUCAUCCCCUUCAUACCCCUCCUGCUCAAAGACCUGACCUUCAUCCACGAGGGCAACCGCACGCUCACAGAGAACCUCAUCAACUUCGAGAAGAUGCGAAUGAUGGCCAAGGCCGUACGCAUCAUCCACCACUGCCAGAGCCACACGCAUGCUCCCAUCUCGCCGCUGCGGAGUCGUGCCCCCCAUGUGCUGGAGGACCCCCAGGCCCUGCGGAUCUCCACCUGCUCUGAGCUGUCCCUGAGCGGACGGAGUCCUGUCUCCACCUGGGCCUACCUCCAGCACCUGAAAGUGAUCGACAACCAGAAGGAGCUGUCGCGGCUGUCGCGGGACCUUGAGUCCUGACACACAGGACCAGGGGCAGAGCAGGAGGAGCCAGGCUAGGACCUCCAAGGGGCACGCUCGCCACCCGCACAGUGCCCCUGCCUGGCUGCACGCGGCAGCUGUCUCUCCACCUCCCGGGCGAGGGCUGGCCACUGCCCCCACUGCUUCCAGACUGCCUGCCCAGCCAGGACCAGGGCUCCCUUGGGCUGCUGUGCUGCUUCUCUCGGACGUGGAGCUGGCUGGCCAGAGCCCGGAGCAGUGAUGGGCCAGCCCCAAUGGCGGCUUUCAGCUCAUGCAACUUCUGUUCGGAGGAGAGACAGGAAGGGGCUGGGCCGGAUGCUCUGACUUUACUCACUGCUGCCAGGAGAAGUGGUUUGUACCCAGGGAUGUUUCCCUUCCUGGUCCUGCAGCAGCAUCUCCAGCCUGGACCUGCCAAGGAGAGAAGGCAGCUUCUCUGCUCUGGUGCCUCCUGCACUCCCUGCACCAUGAAGGGGACAGCGCCAGGCACAACGGAUCUGGCCCCUGGCUAUAGUGCCCACGGCUGGACCUGUCAGGGUGAGGUGGGGGGUUAGCUUGCGCCUCCCACAGUUCCCCUGCUGACAAGGCGCCAGCCCCCGUAAGCCGGCGGAGCAAAAAUCUCUUCAGGCCUGGGCUGUCCUGGCCUAGCUUAGCCCGUGCUGGAGAGCCGGAGGCUAGUGUAAACAUGGGGUAAAGGGUGCCAGGCCCUGCCCAGCUGAGCCGACCAGCGACUAACAGGUAGUGGGUUCAGGAGAGGGCCCACUGGAAGUAAGAGCUGGCGAGCUCCAGGCUGGGGGAGGGGGUGGAUGGUCCUCCACUGCCAAGACAAGGCUGGAUCAAAACUUCCUCUUUCCAAGAGCUGGAAAUAAAAAGCUCCUUCCCCAGCAGCUGCAGAGACAGGAUUUCUGGGCACGCAGCUCGCUGCCGGCCAGGGCAGGGCAGGCCUAGCCCAGCAGUGCCCCUUCCGGUGGGGGGUGUAUGGUAUUGGGUCCCACUGCUGAGGGGCCUGUCCAACGUCACUCAUGUCCGUUGCCUGCGCAUCAAGGCUUCAUCCAUGUGAGUGAGAAGCGGCUCAGCCCAAAGGCCUGGGGCGCUGGGGCAGCACUGGCCUGACAAGUUGAAUGCUGUUCUUGCCCCAGGGGUCGGUGGGUGCAUGCUCAUACCUCUGCCUUGCAGCACAGCCUGCAGUGGGGCAGCUGGCUGGGUAUCGGGUAGAGACAGCCGGAGGUGUCCCAUGGGCCUGCUGCAGCGGGAACAGUACUUGGCAUAUAACGCCUGCCUCAGCUCUGUUGCCCUGCAGCACGUAG